AAAUUAUGUUUACGCAGUCUAGUUGGCCGCCCUAACUAUUUUGUCUCUAUAGACAAAAUCUCUAGCUAUUGUAUUGCACCAUAUUCAUUAAUUUAAAAAGUUUACCUGUUAUUACAAAAACAACGUAUUACAUUAACUCAUAACAAGUGUAUUACUGUGUAAUUAGCUAGUUGGAUAGCUGUGGUAUCACGUAUGAUGUUACGUGUGAGGAUCGCCUGCUUUGUUAGCUGUAACGGCUGGACACUUCACAUGUUGCUACAGUAGCGAGCGUGCGGGUUAGUUUGAUAUUUAGUAGCAUUAUAGGCUUGAUAACAUCACGAGCAGACGGAACAUGGCACAGUGACCUGGAAUUCGAUGUGGGUGGAUUUGCUGCUGUCUCUCUGCGGAUUGAAAUAACUUUGGUGAAUUCUAAAGGACCAUUCCCCUGUUGGAACUACCAUUGUUGGACACAAAUGUCAUUGGUACCUUUUGGUUUAAGAUAACGCGAUGUCCAGUCAAAAGGACUAAGGACCUAUGAGUUUCUUGAACACAAAUAUCCCAAUCGUUGAAAUAUGCAGACCAUCAAGAGUGAGCCACUGUCAAAUGGCUCCUACAGCGGAGAGGACGCCCUGGUCCUGGCUGUGGCCCUUCAAGGGGCUGACAGGGAUCUGAUGGACCACAAGCUCUCCGCCAUGCCCUUCAAGGCCAAAGGCACCUCCUGCCGCAGGAAACGGGAGUUCAUCCCGGACGAGAAGAAAGACAAUCUCUACUGGGAGAGGCGGCGCAAGAACAACGAGGCGGCCAAGCGUUCGCGGGAGAAGCGCCGCCUCAACGACAUGGUGCUGGAGAACAAGCUGCUGGCCCUGGGUGAGGAGAACGCUUCCCUCAAAGGAGAGCUGCUGGCCCUGAAACUCAAAUUCGGCCUGGUCAGCUCUGCGGCCUACACGCAGGAAGUGCAGAAGAUCUCUGUGUCAACGGCCGCCCUCUACCACGACUUUGUCUCGCCGGGCGAAGCCCGAGGCUCUUGCAUCAGGGACCUAGAGUCCCCUCACCUGGGCAGCAGCUGCAUAUCGGUCAUCAAGCACUCCCCUCACAGCACGCUGUCUGACAUGGCCGAAAUCUCUGCAGCGACCAAGGGUAGCAUGUGCAGGACCCCCGAGAUCAUCAAGCAAGAGCCAGCCGAGCACGGAAGCUACGUGCGUGAGAGGAGCAGUCCAUACGAACUGUACAGGAACUACAUUGCCAGCCCUUUCCCCGGGGUUUACUCCCAACCCUCCCCGUUCCUGCCGCUCACCAGGUCGAUCAGCAACUCCCCGAGGACCUCGGACGACGGGGCCGUGAGUAAGUCCUCGGACGGUGAGGAUGAGCAGCAGGUCCCCAAAGGCCCCAUGCCACAUGCCGCCGACCCGAAGAGCGUCAUCGUAUCCCGCCUCAAAGUGCCAGAUGCUUGUUCGUCGGCUCUGCCCCACAAACUGCGGCUCAAGAACAGGGCCAUUCCAAUCAAAGUGGAGGCCAUCGACCCUGACUACGACUCUUCUGGAAAGUCCUCCUCUCCCAUCGACAUAUCGGCCAGAGAAGGCUACCAGAGAGGCCAGGGUGCCGUGGCAGACUACAUGCAGUCGUCCCUCAGCCCCUUGUCACUCCAAGUGACCAACAUCCGGGAUUGGACCCACCGGCCAGAGCACUGGCACAAAGACAGCUCAGAGAAGCCACAAAAUGGCUACCAGAACAGGCUCUCCCCGGUCCCUGUCUCCAAAAAACUCACUCUGGACCUUGAAGACGGCUCCUACGCCCACUCAGACUCUGAGAACUUGUACUUAAAACGAGGCAUAGCUGACCUGUCUGCAGAAGUUUUGUCUCUGAAAAGACUGAUAACAUCGAGGCAAGGGUCCGUGAUAGAGUCAACCAAAAGCACUACUGAUCACGAGUCAUUAUCGAAAGGAUGUUACUCAAAAUGAGUUCUGUUUGCACAAUGCCUUGUUUUCCACUGUAUUUACUAUUGCACUGUGUGGUUGAUAUGGUGUAUAAAUGCAGUACAUUUAAAAUGAAUGGUGUGUUGUGCACUUUGCUGUUGUAGUUCAGCGUAUCUUCUUCAUAACUCCACCUGUAACCCAAAGCCAAAUGUCAGGCUGAGGCUACUGUACAUGCACAUUUCAUGUUAACUUUUGAAAAUUUGUUGUAAAUGGUGACUUUUUUGUUGACAAUAAAUAUGUGUAAGCACUGAA